AUGUCGAAAGUAAGGUCAGGAACAGAAAUCCAAAGAUUUUUCCAUCUCUUGGAGAGGAUUGAGGAUAGCAAGUGCAUUUACAGGAGCUGUGAAGAGAUUCUAGCUUCAAUGUCAGUUUUGCCUAGCAAUCAUGGCUACACAGAAGCAGAGCAACUCAAAAAAUCAGCAUCGACUGGAAGUGCUCAGAUAAAGAAUCAGUUAAAAGUAGAGAGUAUUAGAGUCGAGGAAAUCGGGAUGUUACCCCAUUCAAUUCGAACAUGA